AGAGCGUAUCUUUUGUGUGGAGUUUUUAUUAUUGAGUGUAUUUAUGUCGCUUUCAUAAGGAAAAACAUUGUUUUGUCGCUUUAGUUGCGUUUGAGCUCUUGGAGCUUUUUGGUGUGUUUGCGGUUCUUUUUCUAAAAAAGAAAUUUAUAAAUUUCACUUUUUUAUUAUAAUACAACAACAAAAAAUUUUCUUUACAUAUAGAAAAAAUAAAUCUUUAAUUUGAUGACAACAAAAGCUACAGCAAGCAAGCAAGAAAGCAACAACAAAUACCAAACUAUUUAUUCCUAAAUGAAACCAUACAAGUGUAAAAAAAGCAUAUUGAAAAGCAAAAACAAAACAAACACACAACAUACCAAAAUAUAGAAAAGAAUUAAAAAAAAAAAACAAAAAUAAAUUCAAAUAAAUAAAACAAAAAAACCACCUUAACCCUCCUCUUCUAAACUAAACAGAAAAAUUAAAAAAAAAACAAGAAAGAAAAAGGAAAAACUAAAAUCGAAAAACUGAAAAGCAUAGAAAACAAAAAAAAGGGAACAUAUACACAAUUUCUCUCUCUCUCUUUCUAACUCUCUUUGUUGAAGAAGAACAAAAGAAGAAAAAAAACAAUAUAAAGAACUAUAAUUAUUUCAUUUUGUUUUGUUUUAAUUUUUAAAUUGACGUAAUACACUCAGGACUAAAAAGUAGUGACCAAUAACUAAAAAAAAUUAAUAAAAAAAACAAAAUUAUAAAAAAAACUAAAUAAAUAAAAUAAAAAAUUAUAUAAAAAACGUAAUAACUAAAACACAAAAACAUCAUAAAAAGGGCGUUUUGCUAACGAAAGUCCUUUAUCAGCAACAACGACACGUUGUUGUCGUCGUCGUCGUCGCACCCCCUACACAACAUCAAGAUAAGUUUUAACGGGAUAACAACAGCUACAAACUGACAUCGUCAAUAUGGAUGACGAUCAACAAUUCUGCUUGAGAUGGAACAACCAUCAGAGUACACUGAUUAGUGUAUUCGAUACUCUUUUGGAGAAUGAAACACUUGUCGAUUGUACCUUGGCUGCCGAGGGCAAGUUCUUAAAAGCACAUAAAGUGGUACUAUCAGCGUGUAGUCCUUAUUUUGCGACCCUUCUACAAGAGCAAUAUGAUAAACAUCCGAUAUUUAUAUUGAAGGAUGUUAAAUAUCAAGAGCUGAGAGCCAUGAUGGAUUAUAUGUAUCGUGGCGAGGUAAAUAUCUCGCAAGAUCAACUGGCAGCUUUGCUUAAGGCUGCAGAAUCUCUACAAAUUAAGGGUUUGUCAGAUAAUCGCUCGGGCGGUGGUACAACGGCUCCCAAGCCUGAACACCAUAGGGCCACCAUGCCAACGGGUAAAUUAUCCGCUGGCUAUACAUUGGAACAAACCAAAAGAGCCCGCAUAGCUGGUCCAGCUGAGCCUGAAAUGGGCUCGCGAGAGGGUUCAUCUAGUCCUUCGAGAAGACGCCGAAAAGUGAGACGCAGGAGCAUUGAAAAUGCCAUGACUGAGGUCCAUGAUAAUUCCAAUUCAUCACAACAACUACAACAACAACAAACACAAUCGAAUGCUUCUGGUUUAGGAGCCAUCACAGCUGCUGCCUCAGCUUUAGCUGCUGCCGCCGCUGCUGCCCCCAAUACACAAUCAUUAGCAUCAAAUGUCCCUCUAUCCGCUACAACAUCCUCCUCAACCGCUGUUACAGCACCCGGCACGACCUUAAGCUCCUCCAAAAAGACUGACAUUGUUAAAGGAACCACUCAACAACAACAACAUACACAACAACAACAACAAGAUGCCAUGAAUACCGAAAAUGUACAAGGUCCUGCCUCUGCCGCAACAGCUGCCGGUUCACUCGAUACGGAAUCAACUGAUGCCGCCGCCACAACAGCCACUGACAAAUCGAAUCAUAAACAAAUGCAACAACAACUUAAACAAGCUAAAGAAUCGAUUAGUGCUGGCGCCUCAGGUGCUGCAUCCGCAUCUGAUCUUGUGAUUGAACCCAAAGCUGAAUACGAUGAUGAGGCCAACGAUGAACCUGUUGAGGAUUUGACAUUAGAUGAAGAGGAUAUGGGCAUGGAUGAUUUGGAUCAAAAUGCUGGAACAAGUCAAGGCGGCGAAGGAUCUAGUCAAGGAUAUGCACCCUGGCAACAUGAUAGAUCUCAGGAUGAAUUAUUAUUGGCAACACAAGAAGCACAGCAACGGGAUCCCCAAGUUAAACAUGAUAAGUCCGAACAGACCGAUAUUAAUCCCGAUGAUUUUGAAUUGGACGACUGUUUGUUGGAGAGCAAUGAUAUUGUUAUAACCCAAAAUAAAGAUGGUUUCGUAUUGCAUGUGAAAAAGUUGGGCAACAUAACAACCGCCAAACUGACGUCUCAGGAUGAAGAUCAAGUGGCAGCAGCUGCUGUUGCGGCUGCCACUGGGGGACAUAUACAACAGACUCCCACUCAUAUUACCGAAAUCCAGGAUAUUCAAGAUGUCAAGCCCACAUUUACAACAUUAACGACUAGUCCAGCGAUAAAAUUACCCUCCUCGGAAUGUGAAUUAAUCAACUUGAAGAAAAUCAUACCAUCAUCGACAACAAUUUCCACCCAUCAUCCACAUGCCACCAUUAUACAGACCCAACAAAUUCAAUCAGCUCAAUUGCAACAGCAUCACCAUCAACAACAACAACAGCCCCAACAAUUACACGAAAUUAUCCAUCAACACCAGCAGCAGCAACAACUACCGCAACAGCAUCACCAACAGCAGCAGCAGCAGCAACAUCAUCAUCAAUUACAACAUCAUCCCCAAGUACAAAGUAUUGUCACCACCACACCCACAGCAACUGGAACCCAUGCACAAACCAUUAAUCUAAUGGGUCUGCGCAAUGUACAAAUCACCGAACAAAAACCCAUGCUCUCACGUAUUAAAUAUUCGCGUGGCAAAAUUAUAACACCCGGUACCGGCAGUGUACAAAUCGUACAAACACAUGAUGCCCAGACACACGAAAUCACCGACGGCACCAAAUACGAAAUCAGUGAAAUCGAUUUGAACAAUCCACAGACAUCGGCGGCCAUUAUCAGUGAUUUGGUGAAAUAUGCCGAAAUCGAUGACAUCGAAUUGCCGGAUGGUACAAAAAUUGGUAUUGGUUUUGCACCCAGCGAAAUAACCGAUCAUAUGCAGUCGGCGGGUACGACGGCACAAAUCACCACCCUCGAUCAGGAUCCCAACAAUCAACAGCAUCAACAACACCAUCAGCUGCAGCAGCAUCAUCAAUUGCAGGCACAAGUCCAUCAUAUACAAGCGUCGCCGCAGCAUCAGCACCAACAGCAUCAUAUAGUACAACAGCACCAGCAGCACACCACCGCCCAUGUAGUACAUCAUCAGCAAUUGCAUUUACAAGAACAAGAUGACAACACCACCAGUGUGGAGGCCAUACUGCCCGACGGCCUCUCAGUGCAUGAUCAGCCGACCAUUACCAAAAGCUAUACCAUCCUAACGGCACGACCACUUAAAACCGAAUCACAUGACCUCAGCGAAUUGACACAACCCUCGGCCACCACCUAUGAAUUGUCGCUAAGCGAUUCGUCGCUGGGACCCAACGAUGAGCGAGGCGAUGAAUCGAAAUAUGUGUGCCGUCAUUGUGGCAAGAAAUAUCGCUGGAAAUCCACCUUAAGACGUCAUGAAAAUGUUGAAUGUGGUGGCAAGGAACCGUGUCAUCCGUGUCCGUACUGUUCGUACAAGGCUAAGCAGCGCGGUAAUUUGGGUGUGCAUGUGCGUAAACAUCAUCCGGAUAAGCCACAGUUGGAGAGCAAACGGGGUCGUAAGAUUUAAGCUGAUGUGUGGGAAUAAAUGAGAGAAAAGCGAGAGUGAGUGAGAUUUGCUUUCAC